CACUGCCUUGCAUUCCUCGGGCGAUUCACCCGUGUCGAGGACAACCCCUCGCGCGGCUCAGCUCUUUCACAUAAACCACCACAUUCCUCCUUCAGCGGAUUGUAUACUUGUUCAAUUCUGCCAUGGGCAUCAUACGGCCUGCAACACCGGGGUUCCUGGUGACCCUCGUCGCAACUGGCCUGCUCGCUGCCGUUACCUUCUCCGUUCCCUACAUAAAAUCCAUCUACUUCCUCAAAGCGACAAUCAACGUCGGCAACACGAACGGCACGUUCACAUUUGGGACGCUGGGUUACUGCGUACAGUUGUCCAAUGGGACAACAUGUUCGAAGCCAUCGGUGGGCUAUGAGCUCGACGUGAACACGUUACUCGGAGACAACACUUUUAUCAAGAUUCCGAACGUGCUCGUAAAGUGGAUCACCUACGCACUCGUCCUGCACCUCGUUGCGCUCAUCCUCUCCGCGAUUUCUGCCGUUUUUGGUCUCCUCGCGCAUGUCCGCGAGAUGUCCAUGGCAUACUGCAGUUCCUUCAUCUCUGGCUUUGCAGCCGCCGUCACGCUAGUUGCCUUCAUCUUCGACAUCGUCCUCUUCUACGUCACCAAGUCCCGCGUGAACAGCGAGGCCGGUGGUUCGUCUUCGCUCGGCCUUGGUGUAUGGCUCACGCUCGCAGCGUGGUUGUUGCUCUUCUUUGCGGGCUGCUUCUACACUAUCGGACGGUGCUGUAUCAGUCGCCGUCCCGCGGGCUGGGCAAGGGGGCAGAAUGCGCCUGAGAACACAUUCGCAGAGCAGAUGCGCCUCGACGCCGUCAAAGCUGAGGCCGACCGCAAAGCACGGCAGAAGCAGGGCGAGGUUGGUCUGCCUGCAUUCCAAGAUCUCGACCAACUUCAGCCUCUAGCGAGGCACACGGACGAGGAUUAUGUCGAGGAUGGCGACAAGAUUGUUCCUCUAUCCGACGUACAGAACACCGGCGUCGGUGCUUACGGUCGGCAACCGAGCCAGACGAAUCGUCAGUACCCUGGCGGGUACGUCCCUGCAGCACCGGGCACGCGUGCGGUAGAUUACAGCAACGUAUCUCCUGCAACAACCACUGUCUACCCUCCCCGGUCGCCAGCGCCGCAGGCAAGGAGACAAGGCAGCGGACAUACGCAGGGCACCUCUGGAUAUGCGCCAUCGACAUACAGCAACUCGCCAGGAGUGGCAGGUGUGGGAGCUACUGCUGCAGGCGCCGGCGGUUACCUUGCCGCAGGUGGCUAUGGCCACACGCAACAGACAAGUGAUAACAACCAGAGUUACGGGCAUGGACAAAGUGCUUCUUCCUACUACCAAGCUUCACAGCAACCGUACUCGUCGAACUACGCCAUCCCGCGCACGGGCACACCGUAUGCUGCACCCCAGACUCAGACGUUCAGCCCUGACACGUACAAUAGCACGGGCUACAUGCACGGAGCCAUGCCGUCGACAUCGUCGCCCCCUCCAGCCGGGGCGGGUAACCCUUACUAUGGCCGUUCACCGCCACCAGCCCAACAGGACCGCAGCUACACGCUUGGCGGUGACGGAUACGGCGCCGCACAGGACACGGCGUACUACGACCCGUACGCAGUCAACGCAGCAUCGCAUUACACCACACCCUCCCCCGCGCCGCUGAACACAAACGCCCAGCAUGGACACCCUGUACGUUCACCGACACAAUUGUCACAGUCACCCGGUAUGCCUGAGCCGCACGGGCACGAGCCCAGCUACUCAGAUAGCCCACCGAUGUACGACGCUGCUACUGCGCAGCCGGCGGGGAUGUGGUCAACGAAGCCAGGUAGCCGGUAGUGUCUGCUGUGAUGACCUUCUUUGCCUUGCAUUCGAGUUACCCCCCAUCUUUCUCACGGACCUGGACUAUCUAUUGCCGUGGUUGUUAAUGAACGAGAAUUUUGGGAAGCCAUUGUCGCUCAAGCCCGCCAGGGGGUUUCGGUCACGACACGAUGUACGACUAGAAACGUGGAUAUCAUGAUCUGGACAUUCUGCCCACAAGAAAAGGGUACAAAUUCA